AUGAAAGUGCUAAAUGGGUAUGUUCAAAACCGUAAUCAUCCUGAAGGUUGCAUUGCUGAGCGGUAUAUAGCUGAAGAAGCCGUAGAGUUUUGCACCGAGAAUUUAUCUGAUGUUAGUACAGUUGGAGUGCCAUCAAGCCAGAAGAUGGGACUUUCAAAGCCCUUAUCAGGUUGCACAGUGAGUUUAGUUGAUCGGGACUUGUUGAAUCAGGCACAUCUAUAUGUCUUGGAGAAUACGGAGGAAGUUACCGUAUAUCGAGUUCAAAGUCAACUUAAUGGGGAAGACAAUAAUGGUGUAUCAGAAAAUUUGAGGUGGCUAGCAGCUGGUCCAAGCAUGGCAGUGCCAUCAUAA